GGUAUUGUAAGAGCAACAGCUCUGCCCAUCUGUUGGAGCCUUUAUCAAGCAAAUACUCACAUAGUUUUAUUAUGCCGUAAAACUACUACGAAUAGCGUAUAGGUUUUACAUUUGCUGUCAUAUUUGUACGCAGUGUAGUUUGUCCUUGUGUUUAAAAUGUUGGGCGCGAAGAACCAUGUCAACACCGCACUUUGAAAGCUCUGUUGUUAGCAACAGCUACUUCAUCACGGUCCUUUUAUACAGUUAGCUUUUAAAUGUUAGUUAUAACCUGCGAUCAUGCAAACAACCGAUAUUGGCAGUAAGGAAAACGGAAAAUUAUGGCAGCGCAAACCAGUUCCAUCAAAUAAUGGGAUCUUGGUGAAUCUAAUCCGCAACGCGUCAUCUUACCAAACCAAGACGGUUCGUUUCCUUCAUGUGGCAUUUGACACUACUGGGGAGUCAUUCCUUGCUGGUGAUCACCACGGAAAUAUCUAUUUAUUUGAUAUUGGCAGAAACAGAUUUCAGCUGAUUCAGAAAACAGGGCUGGCAUGCACCGCCCUCGCUUUCAACCUACGCCGAACAACCGAGUUUCUGGUUGCCCUGUCGGAUUAUUCCAUCAAAUGCUAUGACAAAGACACCAGGCAGCUAGUGAGCUGGAUGAGGGGUCAUGAGGGAGCUGUGUCCUCUCUGUCCGUCCACGCCUCCGGUCGCUACGCCAUCAGCACUUCCUCCGACACAGCUCAGCUGUGGGACCUAGACACCUUCCAGCGGAAGAGAAAACUGAACGUGCGCCAGUCCACUGGUAUACAAAAGGUGCUCUUUCUCCCACUGAGCAACACCAUUCUCAGCUGCUUCAACGAUGACUCCAUCUUUGCUUGGGAGAGCGACACGUUGGUCUGUGCAUAUCAGCUCCCUGUUCCGCUGGAUGGGCCCCGGAUGCAUUACAAGGCGUUUUCUCUCACACAGGAUGGGAAGAUGCUUGCUACGGGCGGACGCACAAACUUGCUCCACUUGUGGUGUUUAGAAAGCCGGCAGCUUGUGAGAGUGAUACAAAUGCCACAGGCAGUGCGGACUGUGAGGCACCUCGAUUUCCUGUCGGACAGUUUUGAUGGUGGAUCCAGCCAGAUUUUGGGCGUUCUGAGCCAGGACGGCAUCAUGCGCUUCAUCAACACAGAGACGUGUAAGCUGCUCUUCUCCAUUGGGUCGCAUGAGGAUGCCAUCACCUCUGCUAUUGUCUGUCCUAAAGGUCGCCACAUUGCUGCCGUGAUGGACAGCGGGGCUGUCAGAGUCUACAGUGUGCGGGCUCUCACUCAGGAGAUCCACAAGCCUCCGCAGCCCCUGGUGAGGUUGGUGACGGGCGAGAAAGUUGCUGAUGGUCUGUGUUUGAAGAUGAAGGUGCAUGCGGGAACGGUACGGCGUCCCAAACGGACCUCCGGGUGCAAAAUCCGGACCAGACUCCUGCAACCCCCAGAUGUUUCUACACUGGAAGACAAAGAGAAUGAUUUGCCAGAUGGUCUUAAUAAGAAGAGACUACAGACUUUACUUAGAACGUUUGGAGAAUACCCAGCUAAAUACAGGAUGUUUAUUUGGCGCUCUCUGUUGCGGCUGCCAGAGAACCACGCGGCUUUCAGCAGUCUGACUGAGAAGGGCCUUCACUCUGCCUACCUCAGCCUCCACGAGCACUAUCCCAUCAAGAGUCCCAAACUACAGAGAGGAUUACAGAGGGUUCUGUCUGCUCUGGCUCACUGGUCUGCUAUUUUUGGUGAAACGGAGUAUCUCCCUCUGUUGGCAUUUCCAUUUGUCAAGCUCUUUCAGAAUAAUCCUCUCAUCUGCUUUGAAGUCGUGGCCACUGUUGUUGUGAACUGGUGCCAGCACUGGUUUGAGUACUUCCCAAACCCUCCUCUCAACAUCCUGAGCGUGGUGGAGAACAUGCUGGCGCACCACGACAAAGAGCUUCUGCGGCAUCUGGUCAACUGUGGCGUCACGUCGCAGUUGUAUGCAUGGCCCCUGCUGGAAACCCUGUUCUCUGAGGUGCUGACCAGAGAAGAAUGGCUGAAGCUGUUCGAUAACGUUUUCUCCAACCACCCUUCUUUCCUUCUGAUGGCCGCAGUGGCCUACGUGACCCUCUGCAGAGCUCCGUUACUCCUCUGCACCCACAGGGACGACUUUGAGUACUUUUUCCACCACCGCAACAACCUGAACAUCAGCGUCAUGCUGACGGAGACCUACCACCUGAUGGAGACCACCCCGGCAGAGCUGCACCCAAAUUCGGUGCUGGGCGACUUUGAGCCCCUCACCCGGGGCCAGUACCCCAUUUUCAACAAGUACCCAACCUUCAUAGUGGAGUACCAGUGCCAGGAGCGGGAGCGCAUCCGCCAGGAAGAAGUGGAAUACCUCAGAGAGAGGCAGGCGCUCCAGGAGGUGCGUGCUGAGGCCGUGAGGCAGCAGGCGGAGGAUGAGGCCUGGUACAUGCAGCAGGACCUGCUCCAGCAAGCUGAAGUGCAGCGCAGGAGGCUCCUGCAGGAGGAGGAGAGUAAGCUCGCUCAGCAGAGAGCCAGGCUGGCUGCUAUGAAGCGCGAGCUGAAGGUGAAGGAGCUCACACUGCUUGAUGCAGCAAGGAGACGCUUCCUCACACAUCAGCAGAACCAGCGCAGGAUCGAGCUCCACCGCCUAGACGACGAGAUCCAAAGAAAGGCGGCACUGCAAGCCCAGGAGACAGCUGCUGCCGUGAAGGAUAUGGAGGUGAGACAGAUGGAGCUAGAUGCUCACAGAAGAUUGUUUGAGCAGCGAUUGGCCAAAGAGCAGGAGAGGGUGAGCCAGGAGGUGAAAACCGAGGUGGAGGCUCGGCGGAGAAAGGCGGAGCUGGACGACUUGGCCUUCCACAACCUCCUUCAAUCAGACAGCGACCUCAACCAAGAGACCCAAAGGGUGUUGGAGGAGUCUGUAGCAGAGGUGGAGCAACAUGACGUCGACGCUGAUUGGCAGACGGAGGUGAUUGGACGAUUGCGGAGGGCAGACGAGGAACAGGAGAGGCGGAGACAGCAAUUGGCUAACCUCAGCAGAGAAACACUGGCCAAGGAGCAGCAGCUCAUUCAGCUCAUGAUGAAAGCAGAGGGCAAGCAUUGGAGUGAGGCAGGGGCAAAGCAGGCCCAGCCGGAGGAGGAAAAGCAGGCAACUGUCGCCAUGGAAACUCGGCAGAGGUCCCGCCUCUCCUGGCAUACAGACGAGGCGGCCCAGCACCAGGAUGAACUGAGAAGGAGCCAGGACGAGGCCAUGAAUCAGCUCCAGGAGAGGAGGAUCCGUUCACCCUGCUCAACAAGAGGCCUGUUGCACCUGCCUGACUGUUCACAGGUCGACCCCGCCAAUAUCUGUCUGAACAACCAAUCCUCAGAUGACUCCACAUGUUUUUCUCUGGAGCACGGCCGAGGCAAGCUGGACCGCGAGGAGAAGGCACUGCUCCAGGAGGUGCGAGAGCUCCGGCAGAAGCUGGCAGCCCGAGCUAGAGCUGGAGACCACACGUCACUGUCAGGCAGCUCCCAGCACUGACAGUGAUGAGAGAAAGGCAUUGUCUAGGAGAAGCUCAUCCACAAGGCCUUGCUGGAGUCUUGAAUUACAUAUUGUAUUAAUAGGUAAUAGUGGUCAUCUAGUGAAUUGCAUUACGAACGUUUUUGGUUUGGGUCCUUAGACCAAAACAAUAACAUAUAUAUAUUAUUGUUACUUAUUAUUAGUAAUUAAGCAUAUUAAGUUAUUAAAAAACCUAUUUCGAACUAAACUGCAGUUGUUAUUGACCAUGUUAGGUCCAUGUUAGUUGUAAUGGAUCUUGUGAACCUUAUAUCCCACAUCCUUUAUUCAGGGUAGGACAAGCAAUGAAGUGACAUACUACAAAUUCAUUUUGGGAUAAGGAUAUCACAAUGUUUCUGAUCUUUCAUGCUGUAUUUUAUGAUUUGUACCCUAAUUUUAUUUGUUUAUUUGAUGGAACCUAGCCUUCUGAAUUUAAGAUGAGGUAAAUAAAUUUUAAAAACCUUUUGUAUACAAAACCUUUUGCCUUCAGGACACAUUUUUGGCAGAGACAAGGUUUGCCCAUUGCAGCAUCAGAGCAGAUAAAUGUUGUGGUUUUCAGCAAGCCCAUGUAGUCGCAUUUAUUUAUUUUUUCUCUCCUCUGUAUGAUGUAUUUAAUGUGAAAUAUUGCUGACAUAUAAAUCUUUGAGUUUUGUAUUUA